AUGACCUCGUUAUCCUUAAAGGGGAAUCCGAAACAAGGAUAUUCACUCGAAGAAUUGGAUAAACGGGUGUACAAAAUCGUCAGCCAGGCUCGCUUGCGAUUAGCUGACAAGCCCCUUAUCAAUUAUUGCAUUAUUUGCCUUGAGGUACUAAAGCGUGAGCACAAGAAGUUUGAAUCGAGAGAAUAUUGUGAUUACCAGACAUUCUAUCAGCUUUACCAGGUGGCGUCACUCUGUGCAUCUCAAAUUCUGGACCCUGCCUUGAGCGAAAUCGUGAGUGAAAUCAAUGCUCACCUUGCUACCAAUAAACCGUUAUAUCAGGCCAUCAAGGAUUUCUUAUUACCUGAGGAUCCAUUGGUGAGCCGUCUCAAGAAUCUUACCAGUGACCAUAAUGCUGGGUAUGCUCUUGAGUGGCGAGAAAAUCUUAGUCCUGCUACAGUGGGGUCACACUUGAAAUCUGAGAAGGUUCUCAUUAUUGAUUAUCAAUCCAAGGCUGAAUAUGAGUCUGGCAAAAUUCGUUUCAACGAAGUUGUACAUAUCAAUCCUGAGUGGGUGGAGUUUGUGUCUACUCAUGGAAAUACACUCGACAAGCUCAAUGAAACGUUGCAACUUCAUUUACUGAGCUUACAAUAUCAAAGAUGGCUCAAUUUACACGACUAUGACUUUGUUGUGGUGUACGAUAAGAAUUUCAGCCUCGACUUAAGCACGAUAGACGUUAAAAAGCCGCCAUUUUGGAAAUUGUUUGAUCUCGUAAUGACUGAAGAUCGGGGUCUUUUAAAGAAGUUUCCAGCAUAUAUUGACGGCGGUUUAAGCGCUUGGAUAGAUCAUUAUGGACCUCAGGGAUGUCAAACACCCACAUCGCAAAUAAUAGCACCACCGCCGGCAACGCUUUCUCGCGGAUCCCUGAAUAUCGAGGUACCCAAAAAAUCACCCGACACGUCAUCAAAAGUGACACCAGUACAUUCCAAUGGCUCCAAUAACGGCGAUGCAAAGUACCAUAAGAGUUUUGGCGAUUACUUAGCAAGCGCCAAGCCAGCAAAGCCUACAAGGAGUCCUAGUCUAAAUCGCAAGGCUUCCAAUGGGGGAAGCAUUUUUGGAGGGACAUCAUCCGUUGGAUAUAUUGUUCCUUCGAGACCACAGGCUUCUGCGAGUACACCAUCACUCAAGGAAGCAUCUCCGGUGCCAUCACAACAGAAACCAGUAAAACCGAAAUACCCAAUGUCUUUGUCGGCUCCGACAGGUAUAACCAAGGAUUUGCCAAAGCGGUCCUCCAGCUCAUCGUCUCAAACCGUGGCAACUCUUCAACCUAACACCCUAGCGGCGACAGCGACGAAAGAACCACAGCUUUUGGACAGCUUCGUCACAGGGCUUUAUAAUUUGGGUAAUCUGUGCUAUAUGAACUGCAUGUUACAAUGCCUCGCUGCAACUCCCCAACUUACCAACUUCUUUUUCCCAAAUAUGGGUUCGUCGGUGACACCAUCCAGUAUGACUUAUAAGGAACACAUCAACAUGGACAACAAGCUUGGAACUAAAGGGAUUUUGACCAAUCAGUUUGUGAAGGUUUUGCGUCUAAUGUUUACAAAGAAUGGCCUGCUGAUACUGCCGGCAACAUUUAAGGAAGCCAUGGGUCUGCUUCUGCCAAACCAUCAAUUUGCAUCAUGCGACCAGCAAGAUUGCAUCGAGUUUUUGGAUUUCAUGUUGGACCGGUUACACGAAGAUUUGAACCAGCCUUCCAUCACAAGCCUCGAGGAGCGUAAACGCAUUCUCGAACUUUCUCCAGAGGAAGAGAAGACUCGAGAACGUCUACCCAUUCGAUUGGCACUGACUGUAGAAUGGGAACGAUAUCUUCGACUCAAUUUCUCGGUCAUUGUCGACUAUUUUCAAGGUCAAUACUUAUCUCAGCUUCGGUGUCUCGAGUGCGGUACCACGUCUACAACAUACAAUUCUUUCCUGAUUUUAUCACUACCAAUACCUACCCGCCAUAAUGGCUCAUCAAUCGACAAGAUCCUGGUGGAGAAACUCUUCGAUGAGUACACGACCACUGAAUUGUUGGACGACGAUAACAAAUGGCAUUGUCCCCAUUGUAAGCGUGCCACGAAGUCGACAAAGACAAUCAAACUUACACGACUUCCACAGGUGCUUAUCAUCCACUUCAAGCGAUUCAGUAUAAACUCAAACGGGUACUUCAAUAAGCUUGAUACAUUUGUCACUUAUCCUGUCAACGAGGAGCUCGACUUAACAAAGUAUUGGACGGGCAAAGUGGGCACGGCAUUGACUGAACAACAGAAACUGAUGACACCGGAAGAGGAACAGACCUACUUGACGGAUAUGCCUAUUCGAAAUCAACUGCCGCCUUUCCGCUAUAAACUAUACGGCGUGGCUAAUCAUUACGGAUCUAUGUCGACGGGACAUUACACUAGUUAUGUCUACAAACAGAGCGACCGUAAGUCCAAGAAGUGGUGUUAUUUUGAUGACGAAAAGGUAACCUACAAUUGUCGUCCCGAUCAAGUUAUGAACAGAAAUGCGUAUUGCUUAUUCUACCGUCGGGUUAAAUAG